CCGCCGCCGCCGCCGCCGGGCCGCCAGCCGUGCACCCCGGCGCGCCGUGUAAGAAGAUGGCGGGAUCGGUGGCCGACAGCGAUACCGCGGUGAAACUAGAUGAUGGGCAUUUAAACAACUCCUUGGGCUCUCCAGUUCAAGCCGACGUGUACUUCCCACGACUGAUAGUUCCAUUCUGUGGGCACAUUAAAGGCGGCAUGAGACCAGGCAAGAAGGUGUUGGUGAUGGGCAUUGUUGACCUCAACCCAGAGAGCUUUGCCAUCAGCUUGACCUGUGGUGACUCCGAAGACCCUCCCGCCGAUGUGGCCAUUGAACUCAAAGCUGUGUUCACAGACCGGCAACUACUUAGAAAUUCUUGUAUAUCUGGGGAAAGAGGUGAAGAACAGUCUGCAAUCCCUUACUUUCCAUUCAUCCCAGACCAGCCAUUCAGGGUGGAAAUUCUCUGUGAGCACCCACGUUUCAGAGUGUUUGUGGAUGGACACCAACUUUUUGAUUUUUACCACCGCAUUCAAACGUUAUCUGCAAUUGACACCAUAAAGAUAAACGGGGACCUGCAGAUCACUAAGCUUGGCUGAUGCUGUUUAAACCUCCUCUGUUUCACGUAGGAUCAGGUGCCACAACUGCCUGACUGUGGGUCUGGAAGAAGUGUGCUAGCAAGACCUGGAGACUUAAAAAGAAAACAAAAACAAAAAGCAGGCUUUACUGUCUCUUCUUUCUGUGCAGUUUAAACCCAAAAUGACAACUCCAAACUGUGGUUUGCCCUUAGGAAGCUGUCAGAACAAAGACACCGAGCCAUUAUUUCCAGAACAAAGUAAUACAUUUAUGCUGGAUUUUAUUCAGACUAUAUUGACAUGGAUUUGUGAUAAUUUGUGAUCUGGUAGCAAGUUAUUCAUCUUUUCAAAGCAAGGUGAUACUUAGAAACAAAAGUGCUAAAGACUUAACACCACCGCCAACAAAGACGGUACACCGAGAUCAACUCAUUUCUGCACUGAAGUGAAGUGUGUAGCACAACCGACAUUUUAGUCAGGGUAUUUACAUAGAAUGUAGGUUGUUCAAGGUUUGGUUGGUUUUGGUUUUUUUUUUUUUUCUUGUUUUUUGGUUUUUGCACAGCAUAAUGUUAAUUCAGAUUUUUAAAGCUUUCUCGUAGUUAUUUAUUUAUACUCAAUGUAUGUAUUAGAGAAUGAUUAAUGUCUCAAAAACAGCAAGUUAUGAACUUUUGAAUGUACAGAUAUCUUAGGUCCAAAGGGGAAAAUUACAUAUUACAAUCAUGAAAGAAUUGUUAUCUUCCAUACCCCUAAACUUAGGAUCUCUUGAUAUAAAUUGCUGUAAGUGCUUUUGGGAAAAGUUUGCAACAUUUCGAUAAAAUUGCUUUUCAAGUAAUCGACAGUUACAUAAAUUCUAUUUAUAUCA